UUAUGAUACAGAUGGACUGUUUCUCAAAUGAACUGCGCUUUGUUGUAGAACUGCUCUCUCUUUAGACACAAUUCUGAUGCUGAAAAUGCACAAAUUUUAAAAUAAUUUUACCGAAUAAGAUAUCGGUAGUUCCCACUCAUCCAUAGCAUCGUCAUCAAAAGAUGUCUCGAAAGAAACCUCAAGCAGGUGACAUUGUUAAGGUCAAACGGCACCCAAUUCCAUACUGUCAUUAUGGAGUUUAUGUUGGUUAUAGUGAGGUAAUUCAUCUCUCUGCACCGGCAUGCAGAGAAAAAAGAAAAGGUUCAGCUUUAGUCCGUCGGCUCAACGAAAAAAAGAAAGCUUACGUCCAUCGUGUGACCUUGAAAGAAUUCCUAUAUUAUGAUGACUCUGAUGAUGAAUCUGAAAAUGAUUUUGAAGUUAUCCCAUGUCCGAAUGACGUAAGCCGUACAGAAGUCGUCAAACGGGCGGAGAGUGCAGAAGAUAGUGAUUUUAGAGAUCGCAAAUACGAUGUCUUCUUCAACAACUGUGAGCAUUUCGCACGUUGGUGCCACGGAAAGGCGGAGAGUAAACAAAUGCAGGAAGUGGCCAUUGGGACGGCCAUUGCUAGUGCAGUUGUUUCUGGAGUUGCACUAGUAGUUUGGCUCGUCGCAAUAAUUUCUUCAGGUUGCAAAGAAAGGAAGGAAAAAGAACGGCCUUAUUACACUUAGGCAGUGGCGUAUCCAUGGAGAUGCCCGGUGGUGCAAUAUCCCCCUCCCCAAAAAAAAUACUCGCCCACGUCCCCCCAACCCCGUAUGCACCAACGUGUGAAAUGCGAAAAGUAUGGCCUUAUUACAUUUAAGCAGUGGCGUAUUCAGUGGGGUGCGCCCCUCCCCACCCAAACAAAAUACUUGCUCCCCUAGUCGCCCCGGGUCUCCCCCACCCAAAAAAAUCGCGCUUAAGCUCUUGUCAGUUUUUGUCUUAAAAUAUCCAUAUAGGAUAACAAUCUUAAAGUAGUUCAAAAUCACCUCCAAGCACUCUAUUUUGCGAGUUAGCGCCUCCUCACUUAAUCAUCGAUUCACCCACUUCACUUUAGCUCCCAACCCCCUGUCAUUCCCCCUAAUCAAGACGCUUACACCACUACAUUUAAGAAAUUAAUCUCUUCAUUUUUUUUAAUUAAUUAAUUUUAAAAUUUAAUUAACUCUAUUAUAGAACAUAAAAUGAAUUAACCGAAAACAAAUUAUGCCUAUUUUUUGGAAAAAUUGUCUUGGUUGAAAAUCAUGGUUUUAAAGAAAUAUUUCCUUUCUAUAAUCCGCGCUGCUGCCAGCGUUGCUAUUGCCUUUGUUCAUUGCUUCUGUCCGUGCUGCACUGCCCUAGGCUGCGAAUAAUUUAUUAAUAUCAAUAUUUUCAAAUUUUUAUAACUCUUAUAGAACAUAGAUACAGCUUAUUUAUUUCAUGUAUUUUAUUACCCUAAAUCAGCGGAGAAACUUAUAAAGCAAUUUAAUUUGGUGUUUAUCCCAGCUCCUAUUUUAGGUAUGUGGUAAUUGUUGGUUUGUAUUGUUAUAUUGGUUUGACGAAAUAAACAAAAUGAAUGAAACGUGCAAGAAAAAUCAACUUGACUUGGUCCUACAAAUAUUUAAUUGUAAAUUUUGUUUUUCAAGUUCCCGGUUUUAAGGAUCAUCUACAAGUGUGUUUUUCUGUCUUUCUUUUAUGUCAAUAUUUCAUUGUGGUGUACGACAUUCAAAAUGUAACACAUGUUAAUUAGUUCUAUACAAGUAAUAUAGUUUUAAUGUUUUUUCUACGCGUUUAACAGUACAUUUUCCAGUUGUAUUUGAGUAAAGUUAAACAAGUAAAUAGGCUAAUCAGUACAGAUAGGAGGCAAUAGCACCACAAAAGUAUAUUCACUUGUCAACUGUUUAAUUAUAUUACGCAAUUGGACACAAUUGUUAACAGAUUUAAUAAGGCCCAUGUUGCAUCUGAAUCAUAAUUAUAUACGUUUAAUUUUUUUUUAAAGAAGUGAUUAUCAUUCAAUGAUGUGCAGUGUUGCUUUUACUGUUUACGACAUUUGAAAUAAAUUACGAAUUCAUUUGAAUUAUUCCAUUGUUUAUUGUUGUUAUUAUUAUUAAUGCUGUUUUUAUUAUAUUAAUGUUGUUAUUGUUGCUAUUGUUAUAAUUGCUGUAAUUGUUGCUAGGGCCUGUUGCUAUGGUUUUUCGCAAGCAUACGUGGCUUUUUGUGUUUAUGAAAUUGGAAAUUUCGAA